CGACGGGCCGCUUACAACUCGCCGCUCUCUUCGCGGCUGCCCUGAAGGCAGGCUGGGGCGGGGUGUGGCCUAGGCCCCCGUGCCCUGCCCGGGGCUUCCGGAGCGCCCCUCGCCCCUUCUAGCCUCCCGGGGGUCUCUCGAGCCCACGGCCUCUCCCCCCGAGCUCCGGACCCGCAGCCCCGCUCUGCUCUUCGUCGCCUCCUCCGGGCCCCGGACGGGGUCCUGCCGGGGGUCUCUGGCGGCUCGGCGAUGCCCGCUUCGGGCGACGGACCGGAGAGGAGGCGGAGAGCGAAGCAAAGAUGACAAGAGGGAGAAACAUGUGGAACCAGCACGGGGUUUUAUCUUUCCCAGCAAAGGCAGAAAGAGCAAGACUUUGCACUGACUGAGGGGCCAUGUGAUCUCCCACUUUGCUUCAGUCAGAUCGUGUGGUCGUUUUGGAAGCGUUCGGGACAGGAUUAAAGAAUGGCUCAAGUUCUGCAUAUGAAGACUGGCUUCCCGGGGAAAGCCAAUCCCACCUCCCUUACUUCUCUCCAUGGGAAGGACCAGGAUUUACAUUAUUCAGUGGAGACUCCAUACGGCUACCGCCUAGACCUGGACUUUCUGAAAUAUGUGGACGACAUUGAGAAAGGCAACACCAUUAAGCGCAUUCCGGUCCACCGCCGACCACGUUACAGCUCAUUGCCACGGGGUUAUGGUUAUACUGGCUCAUGGUGGACUUCCACUGAGUCCCUUUGCUCCAAUGCCAGCAUGGACAGUCAGCAUUCUUCCUAUUCUUAUUGUGGACGCAGCUUCUACCCGCAGUAUGGCCACGCAAUGUCGAGCAAUUUCAAUGCCCGUGUGGAGAAGACCUUGUUGGAUGCCAGAAAGAAAUUAGAAGACCAGGCAGGCUCAGGAGAAGAGGUCAGGCCCAGGACAAGUGGUCUCCAAGGCCUUAGCAACAGCAUAUCUGGAUCCACAAGCUCCUUGGUGGGAAAUCAGAGCUUGUCCCGUCAGCCUUCUUACAAUGGCUCACAGCAAGGUGCUCCUGGACAAUUCACCCCAGUCAGUUCCGGGUUGUCCACCCCUGUCUCACCAACCCCAGGACAUCUCCAGUAUGUUCGGGAGCAGAUGGCUGUGGCCUUGAAGAAGUUGCGUCUGCUGGAAGAGCAGGUGAAGAUGGUACCAGUGCUUCAGGUGAAGAUCUCAGUGCUGCAGGAGGAAAAACGGCAGCUCAGUGUCCAGCUCAAAAGCCAGAAGUUCUUGGGCCACCUGGGGGAGCUUGGCAGGGGCAAGUCCAGAGGGGAGCUCUACAUAGACAUCCCGGAGGAGGGGGCAGGAGAAAAAACAGAGGAUGGCAGUGUGAGGGCCGUCCACGGAAGCAGCGUGGAUAAGAAGGAGGUGAGAUCAGUGGCUGUGGGGAUGUCGGCUGAAGAUAUGCAGGGUGGUAAGUGUGAUGUAGGGGUGGCAGUCAGGGAGGAGGAGUUGGGCUUACCUUCCCCAGAGGAGGAGCAGCAAAGCCCAGCCGUUCAUGCCUUGUCAGCCAAGAUUGCAGUCCUAGAGACCCAGCUUAAGAGAGCUCUUCAAGAGCUCCAGGUUGCCCACCAGAACUUGGAACAUAAGGACAAGGAGGACAAAUGGACAUCCACAGGGGAUGAGAAAGACCUGACAGAAUGGGGAGCAGGGCAGGCACAGGAUGGCAGGUCCUUCAGGAGACACCAAGAGGUCACCACUGACAGGAACACAGUUGAGGUUGUCGCCAGCACUGCUGUCCGAUUCGACCACCAGCCACAGAAGGCAGAAAGCCUGGAGGCUAAGGAGUCUGGUACCAUCCUCAGCUGCUUGGCACGCAAAGAUCUGGGGAGCAAGGAAGCCAAGAUGCCCCCCUGUUCCACAUGUCACAGCGGUGAGGUGAUGGAGACCACGUUCCCUGUCCACGCUGGCCCUGUGACCACGACGACCACAUUCCAUUCCGUGAGAAAGAUCAGCAUCAUCAGCACAGAGGCGGAGAGGAUGGGAAAGCAAGAAGCAGAGACCCCUGAUCCCUCAGCUACCGAUUCCUCCCAUCUGGAGCAAGUGGUUGUGUGUCUUUCCCAGGGCUCAGAUGCACCAAGUAAACAAGAGGACCAAGCAUCGUUCACAGCAGGAAUCCGGUCAGUCGCAAAGGAGGAGGAGGCCACAGACCUUCCUAGCAGCCAAAAGAGGUUGCCACUGGUGGGAGUCAAUGGCGGGUAUGAAUCUUCUUCUUCUGAAGACUCCAGCACAGCAGAGAAUGUCUCAGACAAUGAAAGCACGGAGAGUGAAUACCAUGAGGCGAGUGAUGGGCUCCUUGCAGUGCUGGCAUCUGCGGCUGAGUCCCCAACGUUGCCUCCAACAGCUGCAGAGACAUCUCACCCUGGAGUCCCCACUGAAAAGGGGGAAAGACAAGUGGUAAAAAGCAAGGAACAAGAAGGAAAUACUGGGAAGGGACUCAGCAACGAAUUGCUCUCAGCGUGUCAAGUCCUGCAGAAAUACCUGGAGAACCCUGAAGCACACAUGGAUGAAGCAAUGAAACGGGCAUAUACAAUAGUGCUUCACUCUUGGCUGAGGCUGUCCUGCCACAAAGAAGCCGAUCCGGAAUGGGUCUCUCUGCACUUGGCUGCUUUCCGGGCCCUUUCCACUGAGCUGCUGGAGUUCAUAAUCAAUAUGGCAGAUGCCAAUGGAAAUACAGCUCUCCACUACACCGUCUCUCAUUCCAAUUUCCCUGUGGUCAUGGAACUGCUCAGAACAGGUUUGUGUCACGUGGACCAACAGAACAAAGCCGGUUAUACGGCCAUCAUGCUGACGGCGUUGGCUGCCACUCGCUCUGAGAACGAUAUGGAGACCAUUAUGCAGUUGUUGAAAAGGGGCAACGUUAAUGCCAAAGCCAGCCAGGCUGGGCAGACGGCCUUGAUGCUGGCCGUCAGCCACGGGCGCCAGGACAUGGUGCAUGCCCUUCUGGCUAGUGGUGCAGACGUCAACGUGCAAGACGAUGACGGCUCCACAGCGCUGAUGUGUGCCUGUGAGCAUGGCCAUGCCGAGAUCAUCUGCCUGCUGUUGGCCACUGAGGGCUGUGAUGUCACCCUUGCGGACCACGAUGGCAGCACGGCUCUCUCUAUUGCCCUGGAAGCAGGACAGAAUGACAUCACUGUCAUGCUCCAUGCACACCUGAACAGGACCAGAUCCAAGUCUGUGGGGACAACGAAACAAGAGAAACCUGGAGAUGAUACGAAGACUUUGCUUGAUACUCAGUAGCGCAGAAGGAUCUGCGAGAACUUCUUGCAAGCACCAGAAGUUUCUUUCACUCUACUUGGAAAAGAAUGGUUGGUGAACUUGUCAAGGAGCAAGCAAGUGGUACGUUCUGCAGUUGUGCUGGGUUCCUAAGGGCUGCUGUGGUUUCCUGGCCUUCCUCACCCCAUUCCCCCAUCCACUGGAAGUUCUCCAGUCGACUGCACUGUGUAUAUUCUGAGGUGGUUGGCCUGCUGACAGGAAGGGCUUCAGGAAACCACUUCUAGAAGCACUGCUAUGUAGCCAGCAGGCCUUGUUCAUUUGCAGCUCUGCUGGUUUAUGUGCAAAGGAGAAGGACCAUCAAAGAUCGGUCAAGUGGACUCUGGGCAAACAGAUUCCUCUCCAUCUCUUUUUUGUUACUGUCUCUUCCCUUUGUAGAAUGCAGCUGACAUUAGAUUUUACAGAGGCCGCAAUACAGCAAAUCUAUCAAAAAUAGUUUUUUACAUUUUAAACAAAACAUCCUUUCUUAAACAUGAAUCUACUUGAAAUAAUUUUUGGAUGCUACCUGUUUGAGAGUAGAAGUUUGUAGGGGGGGUUUAUAGGGGAGGGUCCAAAUAAAAUUGCAACAAAGCAAUUUUACAGUACAACUGAAAUGAGUAUUAGACACUUCAGAUUAAACUAAACUCAAUCAAUUCUGCAGAAUGUGAGUUUUAUUGUAUUUGGCAAUUUUUAAAAGAAGUUCAAAAUAGUAAAGGGAUCCCUUCUCCUUUUCCAUGUGCUCUUUUUUAAUGGAUUCUCUGCAAAAAAAAAAGAUAUUCCAUUUACUUUGCAAGUUGGAAAGUCCUUUUCACUCAGUUCUUGAGGUAUAAAAUGCCAAGAUUCACUACUUUAUUGGUAACCAGGCCAGGGGAAGGAAAUAGAAUAAAGAGAGUGAAUUUUGGUGGUUGUGUUUAACGCAUCAAGUUUAAAAGAACAUGCCAGUGAAAGGCUAUGCGUGCACUUUUAGUACAUAUCGUUUAGGGAUCCCAGAGGCACUUAAGGUACAAAAUGGAGAAUCUUCACCGCAAAUCUGCUAGCUGAUGUCUUUGCACAAUUUAUAGUCUGCCUUCAGCAAAAGCUAUUAGAAACAUAAAUGUUUAUUUAGAGGCAAAUUCUCUUGAGUUGUUCAGAACAAAUGAGAGGUGGACAUCUCUUCCUACCACCUGCUUUUCUUUAGCUGGCUCCCAAGGAGAGAUUUGUGAACUGGUUUUAGAAGCUGUACGUCUGCAGGUUCUCCUGCAUCUUAUAUUUGGAAUAUUGCUUUACAUACAUAGUCUAUUUUAUGAUUACCAUACGAUUUUUGUACACUUUUCAAUGAAGUUAAUAAUGCCAUUUAUAACUAUUAAAAAUAAAGUUAUCAUAUGUUACUGUA